AGUGGUGGUUGGGUGGCCAACUGCUAUCAAGUGGACAGCACGCGCGCCAUCACUUAGCGCAAUCCGAUCGGGCUGCAGUUCGUCUUUUGCUCUUGAAAAUCUGUUGCAUUCGUAACGUUUAACAUAACAAUUUGAAAAACUUUAAAAUGAGUGGUUCAGGAAAAAGCUUACUGGGCCUAUGGCUCUACAGGUCAGGGGAAGAAUGGGCGAUUCGAGAUUCACAAGCAGAUUCAAAACCGGCGAUGGGAAGACCUGAAAAGAAAUGUGAUAAUAGAAACUCAGUAAUAUUUUCGCUGAAAAAUCAAGUUGGUGGACUAGCUAGAGCUCUACAAGUAUUUCAAGACUUGGGAGUUAACGUACUGCAUAUUGAAUCGAGGCCUUCACGUCGCAGACAAUCUGAAUUCGAAAUUUUAGUUGACGUUGAAUGUGAUAACAAAAGAAUGGAACAACUAACAGGCAUGCUAAAACGCGAAGUGGCAGCAAUUAAUUUGGCUACUUUUGAGAGUGGAGCUGAUAUACCACCCCCCACUCCGAUGUCAGCAACUGCCAGUUUUGACUUUUCAGAAUUUGAAGUGCCUUGGUUUCCAAAGAAAAUUUCUGAUUUAGACCGAGCACAACGUGUCCUUAUGUACGGGACGGAACUAGAUGCUGAUCACCCGGGAUUCAAAGAUCCUGUGUACCGUAAAAGACGCGUAGAAUUUGCAAAUAUAGCGAAUUCUUAUAAAUACGGCCAUCCAAUUCCCAGAGUACAAUAUACAGCUGAAGAAAUUAAGACAUGGGGUACAGUGAUGCGUGAACUCCACAAAUUAUACGUGCAACAUGCUUGUCGAGAAUAUCUAGAGAACUGGCCAGAGCUUGUCAAGUACUGCGGUUACAGAGAGGACAACAUACCACAACUUCAAGAUGUUAACACAUUUUUAAAACGUAAAACAGGUUUUCAAUUGAGACCAGUUGCUGGAUAUUUGUCUCCCAGAGACUUCUUAUCCGGAUUGGCAUUUCGUGUAUUUCAUUGUACGCAGUAUAUAAGACAUUCGUCAGAUCCAUUUUACACGCCAGAACCAGAUUGCUGUCAUGAAUUACUAGGUCAUAUGCCAUUAUUAGCCAAUCCAACAUUCGCACAGUUUUCUCAAGAGCUAGGGCUUAACUCACUAGGUGCUAGCGACCUAGACGUUGGAAAACUUGCAACGCUUUACUUUUUUACUGUUGAAUUUGGUAUGUGUAAACAAGAUGGCGAGCUUAAAGUAUACGGCGCGGGUUUAUUGAGUUCAGUUGCAGAGCUUCGACAUGCUAUAGAAACCAAAGAAAAAAUUAAACGUUUUGAUCCAGAAGUCACUUGUCAUGAAGAAUGUAUUAUUACAUCAUAUCAGAAUGCUUAUUACUACAGCGAAACAUUCGAAGAAGCCAAAGAAAAAAUGAGAGAGUUUGCCGAUAGCAUUCAGAAACCGUUUGGUGUGCGUUACAAUCCAUAUACUCAAAGUGUGGAAAUUCUUAGCAAUACUGAUAAGAUAGCAGCACUAGUAUCUGAAUUAAGAGGUGAUUUGUGUAUUGUAAGUAAUGCUCUUAGAAAAAUACAUGCUGAAGAAGAAACUGUGGAAAAUAUUACAAAUAUGCUUCAUAAAGGAAUUGAAACAAAAAUAAAAAAUUCUAAUUCAGACACUAGAGACGCAUUUAAUGUAUUUUCAACGUCGGACGAAGAUAAUCAAGAAUCAGAAAACAAACCAACAGUAAAAUUAAGAUAUGAAAGAAAAAGACGAAAACUUCCCGAACUUCCUAAGAAUAAAACAGGGUCAGUUUUGAGUCUUGCUGAUGAAUUAAGCGAUGUUUUUUCGACUUCAGACCGAAGAAAAUGUCUUAUAACUGGUUUUAGGGAUAGCGAAUGUCGUUCCCCAGAUUCUGGUAUUUCUGUAGUUCAUUCACCAGAACGUGCUAAGUCAAUCUCGCCUCAACAAAUAGAUACGCCUGCUUCGUCAUGUUGUUCUUCGGGGCUACCGUUUUCACAUUUAGAAUUAUUAGAAGCUACGCAUAGAGGACUAUAUAAAUUUAUUCCACGUCAUCAAGAUGAAAUGGAAGUAGAUGUUGGUGAUCCUAUAUAUGUACAAAAAGAAGCCGAGGAUUGCUGGUGUGAAGGUGUAAACCUGCGCACAGGAGCUCAUGGAGCAUUCCCCUCAGCGUACGCAAUAGAUGUUGAUUAUACUGAUUUUGAAUCGACUACUCCAAAAGUAAAACGUGAACGCUUUCUAUUAGGCUACAUGGGUUCAAUGGAAACCAUGUGGCAUAAAGGAAAUUCUGUGCUUUGUCAAGCUAUAAAGAAAAUCACAGAGAUGCCAAACUGUAAACCUCAACAAUGUAUUCUUGAAGUAUCUGAUCUAGGAUUACGAAUGGUUGACCGUGCCAAAUCAUCUGCUUAUUCAAGAGGAUCAAGUACGCCGUUUCCAGAUUACUUUUACUCUCUUAAAAACGUUUCUUUUUGUGCGUUUUACCCGGAGGACCAGAGAUAUAUGGGAUUUGUUACCAAACAUCCAACAUGUCAACGGUUUGCAUGUCAUGUAUUUAAAGCAAACGAGUCUUCUAGGCCAGUAGCAGAGGCUAUUGGGCGAGCUUUUCAACGUUUUUAUCAAAAAUUUAUUGAAACUGCAUAUCCAGUUGAAGAUAUUUACAUAGAAUGAAAACAAAUGGAUCUAAAAAUGGGCAAUGUGUAAUGUAAUUAUUAA